AUGGGAGACAUCGCAAACCCAAAAGCCAAAUUCACAACCCAACACGACUUCGUUCAAAUUAUUAACGGAGAACCAAGUGCUACACAGCGAACUCGCCAUGGUAUAAACCCUGCAAACCUCAAGCCUAAGGAGGAGGUUCCAGUAGCGUCCCGUGACGAUGUGGACCGUGCUGUCGCUGCUGCUCAAGCUGCGUUCAAGACCUGGUCAAAGUUCCCCUAUGAUAAAAGACGCAAAGCUGUUCUGGCAUAUGCGGAUGCCAUUGACGGCCUUAGAAGCCAGUUCCGAGACCUCUUGAUAUCGGAGCAAGGGAAACCGGCGGACGCAGAAACCGACUCGGCGAUUAGUUGGAUAAGAGGUAUGGCCAACAUCCAGCUGCCAGAAGACGUAGUCGAAGACAGUGAAACCCGUACCAUCAUUACGAGAUACACCCCUCUCGGCGUGGUUGGGGCAAUCAUCCCUUGGAACUUCCCGCUUCUCUUGGCCACUGGAAAAAUUGCACCAGCCCUAUUGACAGGAAACGUCAUCAUUGUCAAGCCAUCUCCGUUCACGCCCUACUGUGGCCUCAAGCUUGUAGAGUUGGCUCAGCAAUUCUUCCCACCGGGUGUGGUACAAUCUCUGAGCGGUGAUGACGACCUUGGUCCAUGGCUCACGAGCCAUCCGGGUAUUGACAAGAUUAGUUUCACUGGGUCGACGACCACUGGAAGGCUGGUCAUGCAGAGCGCGAGCAAGACUCUGAAGAGAGUGACCUUGGAGCUGGGUGGAAACGACCCAGCAAUUGUCUUUCCCGAUAUCGAUGUCGACAAAGUUGCCGAGAAGAUCUGCCUCAACUUGAAGCGAAUUUAUGUCCAUGAAAGAAUCUUUGAGGAAUUCAAAGAGUCUUUAGUGAAGCACGUUAGAGGCUACAAUCUUGGAGAUGGCUCUCAAAAGGGUGUCACUCACGGUCCGCUCCAAAACUCAAUGCAAUACGAAAGAGUCAAGACCUUCUUCAGCGAUAUCAAAUCUCAAGGCUGGAAAGUAGCAGUAGGAGGCGAGGUUGAUACCUCUCAGGGGUAUUUCAUCACUCCGACUAUCAUUGACCGUCCUCCUGAGAAGUCUCGCAUUGUUGUUGAGGAACCUUUCGGUCCUAUCGUGCCUCUCCUCUCCUGGAAAGACGAAGAUGAAGUCAUCGACCGCGCCAAUGACACCGCCAUGGGAUUGGGCGCGUCGGUCUGGACGAACGACCUGGAGAAGGCAGCUCGAGUCGCCAAACAGAUCCAGGCAGGCAAUGUGCGGGUCAACACACAUUUUGACUUGUCUCCGUUGGCGCCUUUCGCUGGUCAUAAGGAAAGCGGGAUUGGAGCAGAAUGGGGUGCAAAUGGCCUCAAGGGGUUUUGCAACGUGCAAACGCUCUUCUUGAACAAGCAUGUCGUGAGCUGA